AUGUAUAAGCAGGGCCCAGCUGAAAAAGAGACCUUGGUCUCAGGCUGUGUUCCUUUGAAAGAGGAGCAGCAGGCUGCAGUGUUUGGAGUGAAAGAGGAGGAGGGGAAGUUGACGGUCACAGUGGAAGAAGUGUUUGGAGUUAAGGAAGAAGGGGAGAUUACUGUCACAUUGGAUGCGGAAGAGGGAGAAUUAGAGAAGACUGGAAAUCUGAUUGACACCAGAGAGAGACCAGACUCUCACUCUGACAGCGGGAAGAGUCCUUCAGGGGAACCAGACCCAGAGACGCCCAAACCAGCAAGACCGCAUCACUGCUCCCACUGUGGAAAGAGUUUUACCUGGUUAGGGUACCUAAAACAGCAUGAGAGAACACACACAGGAGAAAAGCCUUUCCAAUGUUCCCAGUGUGGAAAGAGUUUUACCGUGUUAGUCAACCUGAAAAGGCAUGAGAAACUACACUCUGGAGAAAAGCCUUUCCAAUGUUCCCAGUGUGGAAAAGGUUUUACCCGGUUAGGACACUUAAAAGAGCAUGAGAGGACACACACUGGAGAAAAGCCUUACCGCUGCUCCCAAUGCGAAAAGAGAUUUUCACGAUCUGGGGAUCUAAAAAGUCAUAAGAGGACACACACAGGAGAAAAGCCUUACCAAUGUUCUCAGUGUGAGAAGAGUUUCACCCAGGUAGGGAACCUGAAAAUACAUAACAGAAUACACUCUGGAGAGAAGCCGUACCAUUGCUCCCAAUGUGGAAAGAGUUUUACCUGGUUAGGGAGUCUGAAUUCGCACGAGUGGACACACAGAGGAGAGAUGCCUUACCACUGCUCCCAAUGUGAAAAGCGUUUUAGCCAGUUGGAGCACCUGAAAUCACACGAAAGAACACAUUCAGGAGAGAAGCCUUUCCACUGCUCUCAUUGUGGAAAAACAUUUUCCCAGUCAGAGGACCUGAAAUCCCAUGAGAGAAUAGAGAGGCUGUGUUCUGACUUGUGUUUUUGACUGGAAAUGUUGUGUGUUUUGAAAUCAUAUUGUUUAUAUGAAACCAAAAUA